GGUUGCGGCUGCUGAAGCACAAAAAAUGUAACAUUGUAACCUGCCUUCAUGAACUGCCAAAAACUCAGCACGAUUUAAAUUCCUGUGUAGUGGACAUUUGUGCCCAGACAGAAAAGAUGAUCUGCUUUUCUGUCAAUGGGUUGUUCAAAGAAAUGGAAGGAAAGUCUGAGGGAUGUAUUCGUGCCUUUACCCGGACAUUCAUUUUAACUACUGGCAGAUAUUUCAGGCUUUGCAUUGUGAAUGAUGAAAUGAUUCUGAGGAAUGCCAGCCCUUCAGAGACCAAGAAGGCCUUCUCUACCACCGUGCCCACAAUCUUCUAUCCCCAGAGUCAUCAGCAGAUGAAGGAUUCCUCCACCCAGACUGAUUUGAAGUAUCUUGAGGACGAGUGGGACAGCAUUGGAGAUGAUGAGGUCCUUGGUACAGUCCAGACCAAGGACUAGGUCUCAAAGGAAUUCUUCAUGCAAAAGUCCUAAAAGGAGCCCUUGGAGGUCCUCUACGUCUACAUUAUUGUUUCUGUUUCUUUCUAAACCCUGGCGCAUGACCUGAAUUAGAAGCCAAUUUAACACAUAGGCCAAGAAAUAGCCACCCUUGGGGCCAAUUGUUCUACU